AUGGAAAACAAUAUUUAUGUUUUUGUUUAUGGGACAUUAAAAAAAAAUGAACCAAAUAAUCAUGUAAUUAGUGACACUAAAACAGGAUGUCAUGAAUUUAUUUCAUCUGCUAAAACAAUUCCAAAAUAUACAUUAGUUGUUGGUACUAAAUUUAAUAUUCCUUUUUGUUUGGAAAUAAAAAAUAAAGGAAAUCAAAUAGUUGGAGAAGUUUAUAAAAUUGAUUCUAAAAAAUUAGAAGUUUUAGAUGAAUUAGAAGGUUAUCCAAAAUUUUAUACAAGAAAACUGAUUGAUGUAAUUUGUGAAGAUGGAAAUAUAUUAAAAGCAUGGAUAUAUUUAUUACCAAAAUAUGGUGAUGAAUUUUUAAAAGAAGUUUCCGAAGAAAUGAUUUGUUACUCUUCUAAAGGUUCACAUGGUAGAGAAUAUGUUACUAGAUCACAAAGAGAAGAACGUGAUCGAAAUUAUAGAUUACGAGAAAAUCCACUGUAUUAUGUCGGUUUGGGCCAAGAUGUUUAA